AUGAAGCACCUAUCCGCCUUCCUACUUCAAAGCUCCUUCUGCCUGGGACUUGCUCAAGCGGCAGUUGUCUACCCACGCGGUUCUAGCCCACCUCCUGCCUACGUGAUGAAUCCUGAGAUUGCUGGGUGGGACCUCACCUGCGGCCUACCAAAUCCCAAUAAUCACGGGGAGACGCGCAUGGAUGCAGUCAAGCGCGCCUGGGAAGGCGCCAUGGAAAUGGCCGCCGACUCAUGGGAUCGCUGGGAAAUAACCAAACCCAAGCUUGAAAAGAUAGACAAGAGUAACAUGAAUCCUGACUAUAUCGACCAACUGGAAGUGGACAUCGACGAUCCUGGAUACACACAAUUCUUUGCCCUACGCUGGGACAAAAACUUCCGGAAGGGAGUUGAAAAUGUUCUGCACAAAAUGAACACCCUUAUCAACUCCAUGCCAUCGCAGAACGGGCGCCCAAAGACGCCGUUGUACAUCUCGUGCAAUGACGCCGGAGUCGGCCAAUACACGUGUGAGAAGGAUAUCGCAUUCGAGGUUGAUUUGCCCAAUGAUGCGGGGUCCUACAUCAACUUCUGCUCUCCUUUCUGGAAGCAGCCCCGUUUUGACGUGUGGAAGAAGGCCGCCGGAAGCGAGAAACACUCAAAGAACGGUGGGCCAGGCGAUGUCAGCGAGAAUGACUGGGAGUCUGUACGCAACCUCGAGCGAUACGGACACGGCACUGAUGCAAGCACUGUAUUCCAAGAGCUCACCCACGUGAAUUGGAUUGGUAACACCAACCCGCUCGUUAACGGAAAGCCUACACCUGCGGAUAACUCCGGUUUUUAUAUCAACUCCCAAAUGUCUAAGAAGUGUCUCUCGAACAGCGCCAAUUGCAAGGAUCUAGUCAACAACGCCGAGUCGUUCUCGUGGUAUGCCCAGUACGGAUAUUUCCGCCGCCGCGUUACUCCCCGAGCUGAGAUCUGGCCACUUUGGGGACCUCAGCAAAAGCCUAUUAUUUUGCCCGUGUAA